AUGCCCUUCGUCCUGCUCUGCAUAGGGCUGCUGGUUGGCAGGGUUCAGGGGGCCAUCAGAGAGCGCAAGUAUGAUGACAGGAUUCACACCAUCUUCUCUGCCGAGUGCAACGACUACAUGGACUGGCAGACCCUCGCGCUGGUCUACAGCCACCGCCGCGUCGGCCAACCUGGGCCGAUCACCCGCCUGCUCUCCUGUAGCACCGAAGACCUCGCGAAAUACAACAACCUCCAUCUCGCCCCGACGCACGUCGUCCCCUCGUUCAAAGUCCACCCAGACUCGGGCGAUUGGUACCCCCCUUACAAUAAGCCGCUGGCAAUCCGGCACUGGUUGGAGUUCGUACGUCCGAAGGCGGAGUAUAUCAUUAUCUUAGACACGGACAUGAUCUUCGUGGAGCCGAUCAUCCCGUGGGAGUUGGGUGCGCGGCGCGGCCGCCCGACUGCCAGCCACUACAAUUACCUCAUCGGGUGCGACAACGAGCUCGCGGCAAUGUACACCAAGAACCCGCACCUGUGCCAAAAGGUCGGCGGGACGCUGCUCUUCCACGUCGAGGACUUGAAGCAAGUGGCGCCGCUGUGGUUGAGCAUAACCGAGGACAUGCGGACGAAUCCCAAGGGGUGGAAAUACGCGCACGACUCGGGGGACGACUCAAAACCGCACUGGAUCCUCGAGAUGUACGGGUACGUUUUCGGGGCGGCGGAGGUGGGUCUGAUUCACCACAUUCGCAACGACCUUAACCUGCAACUGUUCGUGGGGACCGAGACGGGAGGCCUUGUUCCGAAGCUGUUGCACUAUACGCUGACUAUUGGGGCGGGGAACUGGGCCUGGGACAAGGCCCCGUACUUUGCCCGGAAACUGCUCGGAAACUGCCGGCUGUUCGAGCAGCCGCCGGACCCAGCGACCCUUGUGGAAGCCAACGAGAACGUCCGGCAGGGCAUGAUCUACAUGAUCGACGCCAUGAACGUGAUCAAUGCGGCUCUCGAGGAGUACUACGAGGCGGUCGGCUGCACGCCCAUCGGCGACUGGCAAGAGCCAAGCGCGGAGGCGAAGGCGAAGCCCGCGACUGACGAGCGGAAGCUGCCGCCGGUGUCGACGAGGCUGUGGCCGGGCGCGCAGGAAGCGCCCAAAAGAAUGAUAUGCGAAGGCUGGGCCUGCGGGUUCCUUCCGACCGCUCAUACAACGAGUUGACUUGUGCACGCAUGAUGAGGGCUAGUGGGUUACGGAGUCCGGCGUCUCCACAGUACAGUAUGUAGAAAAGGAAAAUAUUUCCAUGCAAACCUGUAAGGCAUGCCAUCAA